GAGUUGAAAGAGUCAUCAAAGUGAAGGAUAUAGGAAACAACUGCAUGAUAAUAUACUUCUGGGAGGAGUCAUAUCGCCAACUCUUUGCUGCUUCUUCCUCCGACGAUGAGAGACUUCGUCCCAUGCCUCGGCCAUCACGCCGUCAGGGUCGCCGGAUCCGCAUGCUCCGGGAGCAGCAUCUCCUCGGAACGGCCGCCACAGAGCACCGUCUCCUGCUGCUACAGAGCCGCUCUGUCCACCGAUAAUGAGUUGCUCAUCAAGGUCACCUGGCACAAGAACAACGGCGAUACGUCGGUCUUGGUCGUGAUCGAAGAGAACCCCGGUUCUGGUGUCUCGGAUCCCCGCGGAACCACCGGCCAGCUCUUGAUGAGGAAGAAGGGAAGCCAGCCCUUCGCCAUCGGGAACUCCGAGUUUGCUCUCCACUGGGACAUCUCCGCCGCGACGUAUGGCGCAGGAGCUGAGCCCACGCGGGACUUCUACCUCGUCAUGAUGGCCGACAAGGUGUUCGUGCUAUUGCUAGGUGAUAUGUGGAGAGAAUUCAUCAAGAAGUUCGAAGACAAGGUGUUGGUCGCCGCGUCCUCCAUGUACAGCAGGAGGGAGCAAGUGUUCGGCGCCACGCUCUACUCCACCAAGGCUCAGUUUCGCGACGGCGGCAAGGAUCACGAGAUCAUGGUAAGAUGCAAGGGAGACGAGACCGACGCCGAGCUCUACGUCUGCGUCGACAGGAAGAGGCUGCUCCAUGUGAAGCGCGUGAUGUGGAACUUCCGCGGGAAUCAGACCAUAUUGGUGGACGGAUCAGCGAUCGACGUGCUGUGGGACGUGCACGACUGGUGGUUCCGCGGGUCACCAAGCGGCGCCACCUUCAUGUUCCGGGCGAGGAGCGCGCUCGCGAGCAGGCCGUGGUCGGAGGAGGAGUUGGCGAAGAGGGCGUCUCAGUUCACUCUGUUGAUCCAAGCUUUCAAGAGCAAGUGAAGCUGGCGACUGUUUUGAUCACUGGCUUCUUCCUUGUUUCAUCGACAUCCAACCUAGUGCGGAGUUCUAAUUGCAGGCAAGUGUUCGAUUCUGGACAAAGUACUCAUCAUUGAAGCCUGUCACAAAACUGGUGACUAGACCU